GUGUCUUCCAAACUCGCCAAGAAUCCGAGUCAGUCAGGGGUGCAAAAGUGUCCUGCGGAACACUAAUCCGCCGGGGCUGAUGUGUAGCCUCGGUGAGCCUCCCGAACGUGUUGGAUGAUUGCUGAUCGUUCUUAUCGAUCAGCUCCCACCCGCAAACCCGCACGCCCGAGGAUCUCUCUAACCCUCAUUCACCUCGCUCCCAGCUUCGCCAUUCUAGCAGACUCGCAUACGCUGCACGUGUCGGGGCAUCUAAGUGGUGCACGUGACCAUGUUGCUGGUCCAAGUGAUAUGAACAUGCCAUUCAUAUACAUGGCUGCGAUUGGAUUGCGCAUGUGUUUAUCUGGCGUAAUCUUUGUUAACCCACCUUGCCCCGAUCGAUUGGCUGCUGGAUGGCUGCCCAUGAUCGAGAGUGCAAGAUUGCAAGCGUCACGGUAGGAUAUGACUAGGCCACACAGAACGGCGAGUCUGUCCCACGACCGC